AUGUCCAUGUCGACUCACCGAUCCUCCCCGUCAUGUCCCUCGAGUCUGGUCACUGCCAACCUCCAACUAGACUACCUGGCUGAAGGUGCCGCCAACAUCAUCUACAGCGUCUCUGUGCUGUCGCCGCCGUCCCUCCAACACCACUCAAACUGCUGCGUCAUGCGUCUCCGCAAAGAUCUACCCUUCACGAAACCCGCGGUGCAAGUCGUGUCGGACUUUGAGAACCGCAUCGCACCGCUUUUCAACGGCAAGCACAAAUCAUUGCUGAUGGAGCAGGCGCUGUAUAAGCUCACCCCAGAAAUGGUGAGCGAGGCGAACGAGGAACUGAGAGAGCUUGACACUGUGGAUUUAUCUGCCCUCUCGGCGGAAGGUGUCAAGGGCAAAAAGAUCCGCCACCACCAUAGACGCCACGUCUAUCUGCCCUCGUACGAGAACGAGCAGUAUGGCAUUCUCAUGCAGAACUUGCAGGGUCCCGGGAUCGACUGGUUGGUCGAGUUCAAGCCCAAAUGGCUGGUGCAGAGUCCCAGUGCACCGGCGGACGCGAGAAAUUGCAGGACGUGCGCGUUAAAUGCGAUGCGGAGGAAAGCCGGAGGUCACCAAGGGAGGGGUGACUCGGGAUUCUGUCCGUUGGACUUGCUAGCAGAUCAAGACGCUGUAUUGGAGCGGACGCUGGGGAAUAUCUGGCCACUCGAGAAUGGGAUCGACAAAUUUGUGGCGGCGUUUAGAGAAAAUGUACAGCCUGCUUUGAGACAUCUCCAGACCCUUCAGGAAGACCAUGGGUAUGUGGGCUUGGACGAUUUUCUCAAUCCAAAUGGCAAGGACUUUGGCGUGGCCAUGGCGUUGAGGGAUUGCAGCGUCUUUCUGGCUCUAAAGCGGAGAGCCGACUCAGUCGAUGGAGGAGUCGAUAUUGUAGACGUCAAGCUCGCCGACUUGGACUUGAAGACGACCGGGGGAGGAAAGGUCCAGAAAUGGGCAGCCAUGGAGCAGGAGCUACUUGAUGGCGGUUGGUAUCGGAACCUCGACGGGUCGAAUUGUUGGAUAAGCCGUCGGCACCUCUCAUAA